AUGGACUUGAUCGAUCUGUCUGAGGGCAAAGUGAUCAGUAAACGAUGGGUUGUCGAUGAGAAGCUAGGCGAAGGUUCGUGUGCUACCGUAUACAAAGUGCAUGAUUUGAAUGAUACUCGAGUGAAAGCUGCCCUCAAAGUUGAAGCGCGUUCAGGUGACAAUUGCGGCGUAUUGAAGAAAGAAGUAGCUGUCAUGCGAAAGUUGCAAUGUCGAAGACAUACUGUUCGAGUGGUACAUGCUGCACGUCGUGAAUAUUAUUCAUAUGUUGUGAUGUCACUCUUGGGACCAAAUUUAAUGCAACUGAAAAAGAUGUGCAAAGCAAACACAUUUAGUGCUGCGACGACAAAUCGAAUCGGAGUUCAUGCACUGUAUGCUAUAAAACAAUUACAUGAAAUCGGUUAUGUUCAUCGAGAUAUCAAGCCAGCAAAUAUGGUAAUCGGACGGCGUGGACAUGAGGCACGUAUUAUUUAUCUGAUUGAUUACGGUAUGGCACGAGAAUAUGCAAUUUGGGAAGAAGGUUACGCACGAAUUAGGCGGCAGCGUGAGCAUGUUCUUAUGAGAGGUACAACAAGGUAUUGUUCUCCGACAGUUCAUGCCCGAAUGGAGCAGGGAAGAAAGGAUGAUUUGUGGUCGUUAAUUUACGUCCUUGUCGAAUUACAUGCCGGAUUGCCUUGGCGUGGUAUCACUGAAAAAGAAGUGGGCAUAAUGAAAGACAAAAUAACAGAUGAAGUAUUGAUGGCAGACUGUCCACCGGAAUGGAUCCACAUAAUGAAGUACAUACGGACACUGACUUAUGAAUCAAGACCUGACUAUAAGAAAAUUUAUGAUUUGAUGAUGAAUUGCAUGAAGCGACUCAGUGUUUCCUUUUCCGAUCCAUAUGACUGGGAAAUCAGUUUCUCUUCCAAGUCGUCUCCAACCACAACUACGAUUAGGACGGAAGCAACAACAACAACACUCAUUACGAAAGAAUCAUCGGACACAAAAUCCAUCAAUAACAGACAACUGUACAAUUUCCCACCCACCACGGAUCCCAAAGAGUUCGAGUGUAAUGAUAUUGGGAUAUAA